CCACCAUAUAUAGUUUCGCCCAAUGCGUUCACAUUUUUUGCAUCGGAAGCAAUGAGCAGCUUCACUAACACCACCACCACCACCAACCUCCUCCAUGCCCGCAUUACCACGCCCCGAAACAGUCGUUGCCGGAACUCGGUAAUCCGAGCAUCGUUCCCCCGAGAGGAGGAUGCGGCGAGUCGUAGGAAAGUCGUGACAACAUUUUUGGCUACUACACUGGGGAUUGGGGUAGCUCAACAUGGCAUUGCUACUCCACUAGGACUAGCUCAGAAUUGGGGGACUCGUUCAUUUAUAAGGGAACGUUUCUUUGAGCCUGGAUUGUCUCCGGAAGAUGCAGUGCUUAGGAUCAGGCAAACUGCUGAAGGGCUACAUAGUAUUAGGGACAUGUUGGAGGCCAUGGCUUGGAGGUACCUCAUCUUUUACAUUCGCUUAAAGUCGGCUUAUCUUUCUCAAGAUUUGAAGAAUGCAAUGACUUUGGUGCCGGAAGUUAACCGAAAAGAUUAUGCCAAGACGGCCAAUGAGUUGGUGGAUAACAUGGCAGAGUUGGAUUAUUAUAUUCGGACGCCAAAGGUGUAUGAAUCAUACCUAUUUUACGAGAAGACAUUAAAAUCAAUAGAUGAUCUGGUGUUGUUGCUGGCCUAGUACAAUGUAUUCGACAUUUUGAUUAUAUUUUGUAGAUGGAACUCCCAAAAUUUAGGAAAAUUUUCCUAGAUUCAUUGCAAGAGGAGUCGGUUUUAGCGUAAAAUACGUUUUGCAUCAUGGCACAAGAAAAUGUAAUAUAUUGUGGAUUGAAGAUACAGAAAGGCAACUC